UCAAAGAUAGCAGAAAUAAGUGCAUCUAUCUUCAAAACUGCCUUUUUAAGCUAACGAGACUUACUGGUAAAUCCAUUUGGCGAGGAAAGAAUGGCUCCUGUCUGGAACAUUGGUAUGAUGAAAAUGAUUUCUGUGCCCGUGUUGGUCUGCUUAUUUCUUGCAUCCACUUUCACUGACUCUGUCAGCAGUUACCCAGAGAAAAGCUACGCUCUUUAUUUCCCAAACAAAGAUGUGAGUAGCUACGCCAAUAUCUGGGGUAUGCCCAGUUUGACCGCAUUCACCAUAUGCUUUUGGAUGCGUACGAGUGAUACGUCAACAGAAAGUACUGUACUCAGCUAUAGUGUGCCAGGUGAAAGUAAUGAAGUCAUCGUCGAAAAAUACGGAGCACUCAAAGUUUUUUUAAAAGAUACAAGCAGCAAAGUACUUGGAUCGGCCAUUGAUGGAAAGUGGCAUCACAUUUGUUUUACUUGGCAGAGCAGUGAUGGUGCCGUAAAUUUUUAUAAAGAUGGAACUCUCCACAAUCAAGACCGUGGUCUCAAAACAGGUUACACUAUUAAGGGAGGUGGCUCUCUGGUUCUAGGACAAGAGCAAGACUCGCUCGCAGGAGGCUUUUCAAGUGCUCAGGCCUUCCAAGGCUACCUGGCAAACUUGAAUAUGUGGUCAUAUGUCCUUCCUGCAACAGAGAUCCAGAGGCUCUCAGAAUCUUGCCAUGCAGGAGAAGGGAAUGUUUACAAAUGGAACGACUUCAUUUAUGGCGUCAAAGGAAAACCCGCGGUCGUCAUGCCAUCGCCGUGUGAAACACAGGAAUGAUUCCACCGCGAAAGAACACUGUGUUCAAAAUAAGUGGCCAAACUAAUUAUAACUUCACUAAAGCACUUCAUUAAAACUAAAAUUUCUAUUUAGUAUUGCUAAUGAUGAUACAUUUAGCGUAGUGGGAAACUUUAAUCUGACGUAAACGAGAAUGUAAGUAAGCCAAGAACACAUGCGAAUAAUUACCACAAAGUUGUGAUUUCACGGCAAACACGAUGGGUUCAAACAUUUUUAAUCAAUCGAGUUCCGCUUUUCCUUUUCUUAGACCCGCUCAGGCCCAGAUAACUUACGCCAUUCUCUCAACGAAUAUGAUGCAAGACAAAACCGAUCGCGCUUUGUCUUCUAAAGUUUUCUCGCACUUCAAUCAGUGGCUCUCAACAGAAACCCAUUGAUUUCGAGAGCAAAAUAAAGCCAAAACGGAAUGUUUUAUAGGCUAAAAGUUGUAAGAAAUUCGGUCAGAACAGCAAGUACGAUCAAUACCUGUCGAAUCCAUUCUGAUAUUCUAAAUAUAGUCAAGAGCAUAUUCUCUUAAUAUGGUAUAACCAAGAACAAUUUGCACUCUGGAUAUGACUCGAUUUUAAAUACAUAUGUCAAUGUUAAAGUUCGGAUAUAACGCGCGCCCUCAUAGGUAUUUUUAUCUGAGUACAGAACACAAAGCUAAACCUGUCACGCCAUCAGCCA